AUGUCGUCGCAGUUCGAGCAGGUCGUCGUCAUCGACGGCAAGGGUCACCUCCUUGGCCGUCUGGCCAGUAUCGUGGCCAAGCAGCUCCUUAGCGGUCAGAAGAUCGUUAUCGUGCGCGCUGAGGCUCUCAACAUCUCUGGAGAGUUCUUCCGUGCUAAGCUCAAGUACGCCGCCCACCUCAGGAAGAUCACCCGUUACAACCCCACACGUGGUGGUCCCUUCCACUUCCGUGCUCCUUCACGAAUCUUCUACAAGGCCGUUCGUGGCAUGAUCCCCCACAAGACUGCCCGUGGUGCCGCCGCUCUCGAGCGCCUUAAGGUCUUCGAGGGUGUCCCUCCCCCUUACGACAAGAAGAAGAAGAUGGUCGUUCCCCAGGCUCUCCGUGUUCUCCGCCUCCAGCCCGGCCGCAAGUACUGCACUGUUGGCCGUCUCAGCCACGAGAACGGCUGGAAGUACCAGGACGUUGUCAGCCGUCUGGAGGACCGAAGAAAGGCUAAGGCUCUUGCCUACUACGAGCGCAAGAAGACCGCUACCCGACAACUGGCCGAGGCAAAGAAGACUGCCGGCACCAAGACUGAGACGACCCAGGCCCUCGCUGCCUACGGCUACUAA